AAUGUGGGACUAGGAUCCCAACAGAGCAAAGUUGCUCUAGCACUGCUGGAGCAAAAUUUUCUCCGUCUCUCACUCUCUAUCACUAUACGAUAAGCUCUUGUUGCCUCUUCAUCUCUGGUUUGAGUCUGAUUCUCAUUGCCAAGUCAUCAUGGCAGAAGAUAAUGAUGGUGUUGAAUCUUCAAAGAAGAAUGUUAAACCAUCUACUUAUGAAGAAGCUUUGGAUGCUUUGUCUUCUUUGAUUACUAAACGUUCACGUGCUGAUAAGUCUAAUAAAGGUGAUCGAUUCGACUUGUUAUUCGAUUAUGUUAAGAUAUUGGAUUUGGAUGAUUCUAUUUCUCAAAUGAAGGUUAUCCAUGUAGCUGGUACUAAAGGAAAGGGAUCAACAUGUACAUUUACAGAAUCAAUACUGCGUAAUUGUGGGUUUCAUACUGGACUUUUCACAUCUCCUCAUCUCAUUGAUAUCCGGGAAAGAUUUCGGUUGGAUGGGGUGGAAAUAAGUGAAGACAAAUUUCUGGGGUACUUCUGGUGGUGCUUUGAUCGUCUGAAGGAAAAAAGUAGUGAAGAUGUACCAAUGCCUACUUACUUCCGGUUCCUUGCUUUGCUUGCUUUCAAGAUAUUUGCAGCAGAGCAGGUGGAUGUUGCUAUAUUGGAAGUUGGUUUAGGCGGAAAGUUUGAUGCUACAAAUUUGGUGCAAGCACCCAUUGCAUGUGGAAUAUCUUCCCUUGGGUAUGAUCACAUGGAAAUUCUGGGCUAUACCCUUGGGGCAAUUGCUGGUGAGAAAGCUGGUAUUUUCAAGCAUAGAGUUCCAGCAUUUACGGUGCCUCAACCUGAAGAAGCAAUGGGCGUGCUUGAGAAAAGGGCUUCCGAGUUAGAUCUACAGGUACCUCUCCAAGUUGUACAUCCCCUGGAUAGCAGCUUACUUAAUGGUUUGCAACUUGGGCUUCACGGUGAGCACCAAUUCCUAAAUGCAGGUCUUGCUGUUGCCCUGUGCCGGACUUGGCUUCAGAAGACGGGCCAUCUCGAAACAUAUCUGGAUCAGAGUACCUCUCUGCCUGAGCAGUUUGUCGAAGGUCUUACGACUGCGAGCUUGCAAGGACGGGCACAGAUUGUUGCCGAUCCAUUCGUUAACGUGGAAGGCCCUGGAGAUCUGGUGUUCUAUUUGGAUGGCGCUCAUAGUCCUGAAAGCAUGGAAAUUUGCGGGAAAUGGUUCUCUCUUGCCAUCGAAGAAAAUAUUCAACAAUGUGAUUCCUUGAAGAAACAACCUUGUGAGAGUUCAAAUAUUGCACUUAAGGGCCCCAAUGAGUUUCCAAGGAUAGAUUCCACACAGAUACUCUUAUUCAAUUGCAUGUCAGUGCGAGAUCCUCAGCUUCUUCUGCCUCGUCUAAUUCGUGCUUGCGCUAAUCAUGGAGUUCACUUCAAGAAGGCUCUAUUUGUGCCAAACCAAUCGGUAUAUAACAAGGUCGGCUCUCAUGCUUUACCAUCAUCUGAUCAACAAAUUGAUUUAUCUUGGCAACUAGCACUUCAGAGAGUGUGGGAAAAUCUUCUUCGUGGAGAGAAAGACUCAGCACUAGAAGAAAGCAAGGAAGAUUCCGAACACAAUUUCAGGAAUUCUGAGACCAGUUCAGUGUUUCCUUCACUGCCUUUGGCUAUUAAAUGGCUCAGGGAUAGUGUCCAACAGAACCGAUCAGUUCGUUUUCAGGUUCUGGUAACUGGUUCAUUGCACCUUGUGGGAGACGUUUUGAGAAUAGUCAAAAGGUGAUUCCUUCGAGAGAAAAUGAAUCAACAUGCACUUCAGACAGGGCACACUUUUAAAGUACACCUAUACCAGACGCAAUCACAGCUACUGUACAAUUUGCACUGGUGUGGGGGGAGGGUUUUAGUAUUCUGUCCCAAAGAUUGUGUUAUUAUGGCGAAGAUUAAGACCAUGUCCUAUGAGGGAAGAGAAAAUUCCCUUAAAAGCCCACGUGGCAACAUUUUCUUUUGAUGUGUAAAGCAAUAGGGGAAGACUAUGGGUUCGUAACGUGAUAGAAAGCCGAUAGAAAGCCGCUCGCUUAAUGGUUCACCUGUCUGGUAAUAAUUCAUAGAUAAUAGUUCAUUGCAUACCUUUAAUUGUUCUCUGAUUGGUGAAUGGUUUUCUGGCUACCUUUAAUAUUCAUUGUAGCGUUUUAUUCAUUGUAGUGUUGUGGCAUUUGUGUGUCUGUUGUUCUGUUACUUUUACACUAGGAGUCUUUUUUGCGUUCUUGUUUUUCAUGAGGAGUUAUUGUAUCUUUUGUGCUUUGGAAUCUUGAACAUGUUGGAACUGUAAACCAUAAUAUAUCCCUAUCGAGAUUAGAGAUAACAUACCAGCUUUUUCUUUA